AUGACCAGAGAGGAAGAGUUCCUACCCCGUCAGAAGGGUGACCUAAGCAUCACAUACGACAUCAUCAGAACCUACAAUUCCAAUUACUGGGCAGAGGUUACAAUCGCAAACCACAACCCUUUAGGCCGUCUUGACAACUGGAGACUGAGUUGGGACUGGCAAAACGACGAGUUUAUCUACACAACAAAGGGUGCAUAUCCAUUAAAGGUGGAUUCCUCUGACUGUGUUUUCGGUUCUCAAGGUGUUUUCUACAAGGAACUUGACUUUGCUAACGUGUUGAACUGUGAAAGAAGGCCAACCAUAGUGGAUCUUCCUCCCUCAAUGUUCAAUGAUUCAGACCUUGGUCAAAUCCCAUUUUGCUGCAGGAAUGGCACUAUCUUGCCACCAACAAUGGAUCCUAGCAUGUCAGCUUCAAGGUUUCAAAUGCAAGUGUACAAAAUGCCACCCAACCUUAACCGUUCCACACUCACACCACCUAAUAACUGGGAGAUAAAGGGUAUCCUUAACCCUGACUACGAAUGUGGCAACCCUAUUAGGAUUAGUCCCAGUGAAUCCCCCGACCCUAGACACAUUCCAUCAAACAAAUCAUCAAUUGCAAGUUGGCAAGUGGUGUGCAACAUCACAAACACAAAACGUGAAACACGCAAGUGCUGUGUUUCCUUUUCAGCUUUUUACAAUGAAUCGGUUAUUCCAUGCAACACGUGUGCAUGUGGAUGUCCAAGUAACUCGGAGAGAACAUGCAGUGCAACUUCACCAGCCAUGUUGCUUCGACCAGAGGCACUUCUCGUCCCUUUUGAUAAUCGAACUAAGAUGGCCGUUUCUUGGGCUGAGAUAAACCAUUUACCUGUGCCUAAUCCAAUGCCUUGCGGUGAUAACUGUGGUGUGAGCAUAAACUGGCACGUGGCUACGGAUUACCGCAAAGGUUGGAGCGCGCGGGUGACACUUUUCAACUGGGGUGAGACUAGUUUUGCUGACUGGUUUGCUGCAGUGCACAUGAACAAAGCGGCAAAGGGGUUUGAGGAAGUGUACUCGUUCAAUGGAAGCGUUUUGGAGAGUGUGGAAAACACGAUAUUCAUGCAAGGGAAGAAGGGGUUGAAUUUUCUUGUCGCGGAAACGGAUGGAUCUAACCCUCGGAAAGAUCCUAGGGUGCCGGGGAAACAGCAAUCAGUGAUCUCGUUUACGAAGAAGGAGACUCCUGGAAUCAAUGUGGUUGGCGGUGAUGGGUUUCCAAGUAAAGUGUUCUUCAAUGGGGAGGAAUGCUCUCUUCCUUCGGUGUUACCAAGCAGUGGUACGAGAAAGGAGGUCUCAUUGGCUGUCUUCUUGUUAGUGAUGUUGCUGUCGAUCAUCUUCAUGUGCCAUUAG